AAACAAUCCGCGAACUCGAUUCCAGGUCGAAGUUACGAUUCAGUUUCAUCCCUGUGCAAGCUUUCUAUCAGUAAACUAAAGUUACGAAAGCCAUCCAAGGAUCGUCUCCAUCAUAACUACCUCCGAACUCGACCCGAGGUUUUUCUACCGUAUAGGACACUGAAAAGAAAAAUAAUUUAAAUCAAUUCAUCGUCAAGAUGCUUCUCGAAGAAGACCCCUCCACACUCAUACGGCACACCAUCUCCAACUUCAACAUUGCGCCGGACAAGGCGGCCGUGUCGCGCGUGUCCGAGUCCCUCUCGACGCUGCAACAGGCGCGCGAGCUGCGCCUGCGCGAGGCCGAGGCGUCGCUGCGGCGGCUCGCGCGCAACCUCAACACGCUGGCCUCGCAGCACGCCGAGCUGACGGCGUUGCACUCGUCGGCGCAGCACGCCUCCGAGAUCGCCCGCCUCGACACGCAAAAGUUCCGCAUCGCCAAGGCCGCCUCCGACCUCGAGAUGGAGACGGAGCGGCUGCAGGCCCAGCUGGCCGAGCUCAACGCCCGCCUGCAGGAGCUCGAGCUGCAGGGCGUCGACGGCGGCGACGCCGCCGGCGCCGGCGGCCUGCUCGAGGACGAGGUGCUCCUGAGGCUCAAGGUCUACCGCAGCUUGGGCAUCGAGAUCGAACGGGACAGCAAGGACGGCGAGUUCAACCGCGUCGUGGUCAGGAACGACCGCAAGGGAGAUGUGCACGUUGUCAACAUCGAUAGGAAGUUCUCGAGGUUCUUCUAUGCCAACUACUUUUGGCAGUGUCUAUAACCGAACAAACCCGUCUUGGGUCAUAGGAAACUGGAAGAGGGCAUCGACGGGUUGGGCGGUGGACUGCGUAUACAACUUCUCUUUCCUCUGUUCUCGGGAGUUUGGGCCGCGUUUUGGGGGAAUACCCGAGAUAUAGCUGGGCAUCGGAUUGGCGUUUUUGGGAGUCUCUGUGUGUCGAAUAGGUUUCUUGUCUGGGGCGAGUUUGGUUGAGGGCGAGUUCAUCAUGACCUAUCGUGCAGGGCGUAACCUGCACUCGAAUAUGCAGUCCGCAGUCUUCGCCGAGGUAUGCAUCACUCCGGCGGUGGUAUAUUGUACAACUGCCUGGCCCCCUCCCAUCCCUUUCUUCCUUUU